UCGCGUGACGUAGGCCUAGUGUCCUAGUGUUUUUGGUGUAAUGGCUUAAAGGUGACUGACACUCUUCAAAGUUGCAAACAUCACACCCCUUCUCGAUACAACAUGACUUAGGCCCUAGAGUUUGGUGUUUAAAAAGACUAUAAGCUGAAAGACUAUUUACGUAACAUGUCUUGAAUAUAGAUUCUCUAGAUGAACAGGGAGGCAAAGUAUACUCGUUGAUGGUUGUAUGGGACCAAAAAUAUGAGGUACCAUGGUCUGAUUAGACCAUGACCUCGAGGCUUCCUAAAUCGACCACCGUCGCCAAUCAGGAGACGCUAACCCCUCACCUUAACGUACAGGGUGUUGCGGUGGCAGAAGAGAUUGAACCAGUGGUGACGUCUGGUUUGGAGGCACACACGCACCAUCAGCAGGCGGCCUCAUUAGGGGCCCUGAGCGCCGCCGCCCCCAUCGGCGCGAUAAGGGGCGGCAUCAAGAACCAACGCACCAGGAAAUCCGGCACCUCCGUUGGUAGUCUCAGCGAUAGCUCGUCCAGUGUGAAGCGGCAGGAAUCGUCUCCAACUUUGACGCUUAUCUCGUCAAAGGUAAGCAGGCCAUGCGACCGCAGCGCUGUCCAAUCAAGGGCUCAGCUGACUCAAAUUACUCUCAACCCUCAUCGGACCUGUCGUUGGACGAGGAAAAGGAAAAUUUACGAAGAGAGAAGGAAAGGGCUGCUCUCAGUCAGCUGGAAAAAGCAAGGACAAGGGCGGUAGCAUUUUCUGUAAGGACUAACGUAGCCUAUGAUGGAACUUUAGACGACGAUUCUCCAGUUCACGGUUACGCUAUUUCCUUUGAAGUUAGAGAUUUUUUGCACAUCAAAGAAAAAUACGACAACAAUUGGUGGAUUGGACGUUUGGUAAAAGAGGGCUGUGACAUAGGGUUCAUACCCUCUCCGGUGAAGUUAGAGAAUUUAAGACAGCAACAAGUACAGACCAGGACCUCGAAACUUUAUUCGAGCAAAACCAGUUCCAGUUCUAACAUCGGAGCUGCCGGUAACGAUGCUUCGAGAGGUAGCACUCCUCCAACACCCGGAGACGAGUCUGACUCAAUGGGAAACCCUCGAGGAAAAUCCCUUACAACCCCGCCAGCUAAAGAGAAAAAGAAACCAUUCUUUAAAAAACAAGAAACUACAGCGCCCUACGAUGUAGUACCCUCAAUGCGACCAGUAGUACUAGUCGGUCCUUCGUUAAAAGGCUACGAGGUGACCGAUAUGAUGCAAAAAGCUCUGUUUGAUUUUCUGAAGCAUAGAUUCGAAGGAAGAAUAAUCAUUACCAGAGUAAUGGCAGACAUCUCGUUAGCGAAAAGGUCGUUGUUAAACAACCCAUCGAAGAGGGCGAUUAUGGAAAGGUCAGCUACGAGAUCAUCUUGUUUGAAUGAGGUCCAGGCCGAAAUCGAACGAAUAUUCGAGCUAGCAACCACCAUGCAGCUGGUGGUGCUGGAUUGUGAUACUAUAAACCAUCCUUCGCAACUUGCCAAAACUUCUUUAGCGCCUUGUAUUGUUUAUUUGAAAAUUACUAGUCCUAAGGUCUUACAAAGAUUAAUUAAAUCAAGAGGUAAAAGCCAAGCCCGACAUCUUAACGUUCAAAUGGUGGCUGCUGAAAAAUUAGCGCAGUGUCCCCCAGAGAUGUUCGAUGUGAUUUUAGAUGAAAACCAAUUGGAAGACGCAUGUGAACAUAUAGCGGAAUACUUGGAGGCGUAUUGGCGAGCAACUCACCCUGAAGUACCAAACCUCCAAAGGACAGUAGCUUCGUCACCUCAAGCGUCACCUAGUGGGGAACAGAUAAGACCCACUUUACCAGCGGCGCACCAUCACGACGUUUACGGAGUUCACCACGAUUCUAGAGUAGCCCAUCACACUUUCCAAACGUCGCAUAUGCGUACAGCAAGGGCGAGGCUCGAGCGUGAUCACGAAUACGACGAGUAUUCGGAAAAGGACCACCUUAACCACCCGACCCAUCCCUCCGCUGGCCAUCCUCAUCAUCUUCCCGCAGAUGAUUACAGGGAGCGCCCUCUGGAUCGAGUGCCUUCGCGAAACUUGAGAAGCAGGGAAGACAUGGUCGACUUCCCGCCGGCUUCCCAUAAAAGUACGUCGAGGAAGGCCCUCAACGCUAUCUAGUGGAGGCUUUCUACGGAACAACCCAUUGAAGAGGAAUUUCGGGAGGAAUCUCCUACGACUGCGGCGGUCGCCGGUAGCGGAGACGUGUAUUACAAACCUCAAAUACCAAAAGCGUAUCGAGACGACAGACUGUUAAGCUAUGAGGAGUCGUUUGAUAGGACAAGGCUAGAAGAUGAAAGAGAUCGGGGCUACUCCGGGAGAAGGUUGGAGCCGUUUCCCGAAGAAGGUCCCUCAUUGGGCGCCACUAGAAGGUACCCGGAAGAGCGACGGUCUGUCUCGACGCUGGAAAAGAGUAAACACGAAGGUAGAAACUACCGGAAAGAACUUCUGGAGAGGUUCGGCGCCAUGGAGUUGGACGAUCGCACUGAGUUCCAAGGCACGCAGAGGUAUUACGAAUAAAUGUUUUGGGAUAUUAAUGCGUAGGAUAUGGUUAAAUUUAAAAGAUGAUAUUUUACUAAAGAAAUUAUUAUAAAUCUGAAUAUUUUAAGCAUUUGCGUUUAGCGGCAACAUCACUUUAAGUUAUACUAAAAUUUUUGCUACAUAUAGGUUUUUAUAUUACCAUUUGCAAAAUUAACUAAUUAUGAUCUUAAACCUCAUUUUCCGGAUGAUUUUAGUGUUCAAUCAGUCGAUCUUAUAGAACUAAAUAUAUACUUUUUCAUGACCUACUCUUAUGAUACUUUUCGGAUUUUUAUGGAUAUACAUUAUUCAGCUAUUAGUGUGACUCAUCUGAUCUGUUCUAUACUUCGAUAUUACACGAAGUAGUCACAUUAUUAGGUCAAUAGCUCAACAACAUUUUGAAGUUUUUAGAACAUCAAAGAACCUGUUUUAAGAAGACAAGCACAUGUCUGUGUUUUAGAUCACAAACUUUAAGUCAACUUCAUCAGUUUGAACUUUUCGAAAUUAUUUAUUUUUUAUCCUUUUUAAGAUAUGAGGUAAAAACAUAAAAUGAUAAACUUCGUAUGGCCAAACAAAAGGCGUAUAGUCACCACCACACAUAAUUUAUUUUGGACACCUGUCAAAACUUUUGCAUUUUAGCUGUCACAACUAUGUAUUUAUACAGGUUGGCCCAUCGAAAACAUAACAUGUAGGGUGGGAAAAAACUUUUCGACAAAAUCCAAAAAUACUUCAAGUAUGUUUGUCAGGGGGACAACUUUUGACAUAAAAACGAUUUCAAAAAACUCAACCCCCUAAGCGGGGUGAUAUCCCAUAAUUCUUUUCAAAUGGGACGGGAAGUCGAGUGAGAGAGAGCCUUCUCAUUCCUCAUACAACGCUUCUUAGUUUUUAAAAAUCGAGUCACUCCUUCAAGAAAUAUGGGCCCUUGAAAGUUAAACAAUAAUGUGAGAUGAAAAAUGUAAAAAGCGAUUUAAUGCUUACCAUGUUAAUCAAGUAAAUGGUCGAAGUGCUGUCCGCCAAUAUUCACACAGUGAUACAAAUUAUCUUCAAACCGUUGCCGAACGUUUAGAAGCAUUUGCGGUGUCAUUUCGCGACAUACGUUAAUAAUUCUUCUUCGCAACUCUUCUAAUGUAGCAGGUGGAAUUUUGUAAACUAAGGAUUUUAUGUGUCCCCACAAGAAAAAAUCUAAAGGACUUAAGUCGGGUGACCGAGGUGGCCACUUAAUUACGCCCGUUCGUCCUAUCCAGCGUCCUGGAAAUCUGUCAUUUAAAUAGAUGCGUACAUUUAGUGAGAAAUGUGGAGGAGCUUUGUCGUGUUGGAAAAUCAAUUUCUGUUUAUUGUAUGCGCGGUCCUCUUCUAUGAUAUUUGUUAGAGCUGGGUCGAUGGCAUUUUGUAACAAAUCUCACUACAUAUCGCCUGUCAAUCUAACCCUGCCAUUUUGUUAGUGUCCCAACUAGGUGGAUAUUUUAAAGACAUAGCUUUAGCAUAAUCAAAUGCCAAUACCCUCAGAUUUUUAUACGAUAAGCCAUAUUGUAGUUUAGAACACGUUAAGAUAUAUUUUACCAACAUAAGUUCUUGAUCAUUAUUAAACACUUGGCUAAAUGUAUGCUUAGAGGAAAACACCUUCUCCCUGGGUUGUUUUUUCAAGCGGUAAAACAAAGCAGUAUGUUUUACGCCCUAAACUUCUGCAGCUUUUCUUAAAGACAUUUAUUUUUCUUUUACAGCCGCUAUCGCCUUCUCCAUGUCUUUCUCAGUAAACCCAGUUUCCUUCUUCCUCUUAUAUUGUCUGCAAAUCUGGAAAAAUAAUGCUACUUAGAAACAUUUUUUACUACCUUUGAACAAUGUUCAACAGUGCCCCAUUUUAAAGUUUAAAGAUACUCCUUGUGCUUACACUCGAAUUCAACCACGUUUCACAAAACGAUCUAAAUACCUAGUCUAGUUCACGACCUACAGCAGAUUAAAUGUCCUCUUUAUAGUUUAGUGUUGAGCCUAAUUUGUUUAAGUAGGAAAUGUUACAAAAAAAAAAGUUGAAAAACAAGGUUUCUUCGUAUUUGCGAUACAACAAGUCGUGGAAACUGCUGCACAAUACAGUUGCCUUCUUGCACUAGUUACUUCAACCACGUGCUGUUUUUAAAUGAUUAUCACGCCAAAGGCGGGAAAUUUAAAUGUUCAAAUGUGCCCCACCUUCAAACGUGCCCCCUUCUCCCCUACUUUUUAUAUGUUAGAUCAAUUUUUGAUUCUAAACCUGUAACUCAACUGAUUAGGUAUUUUGUGUAAGCAUUGACAGCCCUCAUCGAUCAGUGUAAUAAUGCAUACAAGCUAAAUAAUCAUCAAAUUCUGAUUAAAAUCUAAACAAUCCAUUUAAUCCAGGUCUAACUGCGUAGACUAAGUGGUGUUACUUAUCAAUAUAAUGAAUCGUGAUUUUGUCGAGGUUUUGUUAUAAGAUGAGUUUAGAUAUAGGAUGGUCUAAUACAUUUAAAAUUCGAUGCAAAAUUCUCAAAUGAAAUAAUAAAUUCGUAUUAGAGAAUGUUAUUUUAGAUUCAAGGGAUGAAGUUGGUUUUAUAGACAAAUGUCUUAUACUACCGCAACCUGUAGAGAUUUAUUAUAGCACCUCGUUACUGUGAGAAUUCUUUAUCUAGGCCCGUCUCUUUGAUUAAGUAUAACACUGGCAUAUAGCUGCUUGAUUCUGGCUUCAGUGGUGUCCCAAGCAUGUUCAGAAGUUCCUUCCAUAAAAUCACCUAUUCUUUCCUACAAAUAUACAAAGUUGUUCCAAUGUAAGGAUUAUUUCAAGAUGAUUUGGAUAGGCGAAAUGUAUUAAGUGCAUACAAUUAGGUGCUAUCGAGAAUAUAAUUUAGUAACCAAGUUACGUUAUAUUUUAAUGGUGAAUGAGACAGACUAAAUUAUUGAUGUGAACAAAAGAAAAAUGGAUAAUUGAUGGAGGUUAAAUGGAUAAUUGAGGUGGCGUUAAAUAGUGCAUAGUUCAACUUACUUUGCUAAAUUUGUCCUCUUAAAAUUAAACAACUUGAUUAAGCGCAACGAUAUUAUUUAUUUUCGAAUUCUUUAAGUUCGAUUUGGUGAAACAUUGUUUACAGAAGAGCCUGUUACCACUGAGUAUACAUUUAUAGAUAAAAUAUUUUCUAAUCAUUGCGUAGAAAGAGCCUAUACUGAAAUGUCUGCUGUAUCACCAGACCUAGUUAAGUGGACUUCUUUUUGAUUAUUUGUUGGUAGAUCAAACAAACUGUAGGCCUGAAGAACAAAGAUCGUUGAGAAAAAAAGUGCAUAUGAUUAACUUUAGAAAUAGUUAAAAGAGAGUUGGUCUGUUGAGAGUAUCACUUAUCGUCAUUAAUGUACUCGUAAUUAAUCAUAAUUAAUAAUGUUUUACAGUGACACCAUGCUCUUUCCUCCUCCUAACAGAUGCUGAAAAGGAGUCAAGUAAACAAACCGGCCAUUAUCGUUACUACUCUCGGGUAGUUCAAAAAGUCUGUGGUAAAGGUUGGGCGUGUAGGUUUUUAUGAACAUGUAUGCCUGCCUUCGUCCUCCCGGUGUUUAAAGCCACCAACUGUGGAACUGUCUUAUGAUCCAGUUUUUAUCUUAGCUAACCUUAAAGAGUCUUGAUACACUGCCACGUAAUGGCUCGGGGUCUAUCAUUUUGACUUGAGACUUUCCUGCUAACUUUUCUACAUGUUCAUUUGGUUCAUGGUGGAUGAAAAUGGUAGAAUUAGUUUACUGGACAUUACUAUGCUCUCCAGGGCAUUAAGCCUAUGCAGGUGUAACAUAUUUUUUGGUUACCCUAUAUAUAGGAAAUAGAUAAAGAAAAAUAGAUGCAGAAAUAAUAAAGAAAUUUUCUCACACAAUUUCUCUAAAAUUAUUACAUAAUUUAGCAUCAAAUCUUUGAUUAAAUCAGCCAGUACUCUCAAUAACAGUAAGAAACAUAGGAUAAGGCUUAAAAUUUCACUCAAUAUAAACAGAUUCCACAAGAUUACCUAUCAAAUGGUUUAAGUUGUAACGCUUGUGAUCACGUAAAAUAAACUAUGACUUACUUUUUGGUGAUAAAUAGGACUAGAAGAAUGGCAAUUGCUAAUUUUACCUGAGCGUGGUAUCUCUGAUGAAUCCUUGUUGCUUGAGCAGUCUUUUCCCAUCAUAGGUGCACUGCCUUUAGUGGCAGCAUUCAUUCAAGGAGCUUCUUCACUAAGAAAUUGGUUUGUCAGUCUAAGACGCUUGAUUUCCUUAUAUUCUAAAUGGUUAUCUGCCUCUAGUACUUUGAUGUACUUGAUCAUAUUCUGAUUUAUAGGUUUAAGAUCGUUUAGCUUCUUUUAAAGCCGGUUCGUUUGAUCCAUAUGAGUUAUUUACACUAGUUUGUAAAGUGGAAUUGUUAGCUGAAAAUAGGUGCUGAAGCUCAUACCUUCAUUAACAAUUUUAUUAGGCUUUUAAUUUAGAGUUUCUAUUAUUUUUUCUCUUUAUUCAAGGGCUAGAUCUGCAAGAUCUUGGUUUUCUUGCUUUUGUUUAGUCAGAUAUGAUUCGCUUCUAUUAAUACCUUUAGAUAGCCUAUCAAUUUCUUCAUGGAGGGAAGCAAUAAGCUUCUCUUUUAUUAAACUCUAGGUCUUUCUUGGAUAACUGCUUCUUAAGGACGUAUUUGGAUUACGUUAGAAUAACGAUCCUGUUUAAGGCCUCAUUGAGCUGUUUUUUGCAGUUACCGUUCUGGUUUCCACUAAUUUUUAUGUAGUGUUUAAAGUCUCUUUUCAGGCAACUUAAGUAAAAUUUCCCAGAGCAAACUGCACAACAAUAUUACCUAUGUGUUUAAGUUGCACAGCAUCGAAAUAUAAUUUUUUCUGCAGAUUCAGUCAUGAAUAUAGUAACUGCCGAGUUCUGUAAAACAGGAACGCAGCUGUGUUGUCAGAACGUAAUUGUUAGAUGGCGCGCCACAUACACUGGUAUAAAUUGACAAAUUUUGGACAAAAAGUGUAGUUUUUAUACUAUAAAUUUUUGUACUAUAAGUCAUAUAAUGAAAACAACGUUGCUAAUAACCCACAAACACAAUUUUCCGAUAUUAAUUCAUUUAAAAAACUAUAAAAUACGUAGAUAUUUACGGAGCUGUUAUCGGUAUCUGCUGUUCCGACUACGUUCGCGUAUCCAUUACAAUAUCCAAAAACCACUACAAAUUUAAUCAAAAGUCUCGAGGUUUUUUGUAUUAAGUAAGUCUAUUUAAGAAAAAAUGAAGGACCACUUUUGUUUACAAUAUCCAUUAUCCAAUAAUUAUAUAAGUACCUAUAUGUAGCAAAUAUUUUAGUUGUAUAUAGUUUUUUGCAGCCAUAUCCUACCGUAGUGAGUAUUUAAUUAUAUACAGGGUCCCCUUAAAACUUGGUAGCAUAUUAACGUUCCAUCUGACAAAGAAAAGGUCCCAAAUUAAUUUAAACUGAACUAUGUUGCCAAUUUUUUUAAAUGAUACACACGAGACCUUAAAAUUAAUUCGAAUACCUACGCUGUGUUCUUCAAUGAGAUGUUCCGUAAACAAGACAAAACAAAUGUGAUUUUUAACUUUAUGAAAUAUAGACCUUUAUAAGGAAAUGUUGACCAUUAAGGUGCCAUAUUUGAGUACGGCUCAAUUUUUAACCACCUAAAACUUAAAUUUAAUGGAAAAAUAUUCAAGCUUUAAUAAACUUGUAGCUGUAAAGUUAGGUUUUUUAUUGAACAAUUAAUUGUUUAGUUUAAUUAAUAAGUACAGGGUGUAAAAAAAUAUAGUUAUAAAUUUAAUGAUGGCCAAUAAAUCUUUUUUUACGCCCUGUAUCGCAAGGAGGUGGAUGGUUUAACUGUAUUGUUGAAAUGUUGUAUUUUAUUCAUAUACAAGUAUGUACUUCGUAAAAGAACUGAAAUAUUGUACUUUGAGUAACUCUAUUUUAGAGUAUCUUUAGUUUAAUAUUAUAUUUUACAAGCGGAAUUGAUAAAUGUGGAUUGAAUCGACUACGCCAACCAACUACACCGAAAUCGUACCACAUUUUCCAAUUCUCCCAGUCCAAUUAUAUCUAUUUUACUUAAAAGUUAUCAAAAAACUUACCUUCGUGAUAUUAAAAUAAAACAUUUAAUAUUAUAAUAUCGUCAAGCAUAUUGACUGAGCUAGUGAAUUAAUAAAUACUUAAAACAAGUUACAAAUUUGCACUUAAAUAAUGCUGUUAGGGGAAUUUUUAAGUCCAGUUUUUGCAUCAGAUUAUAAAAUAAAAUUAAAGCUUUUUAUAAAACGAUAUUAUUAUUGCUGCUGUUUAUUUUAUUUGUAAGAUACCAUUUGUUAUAUUUUCAGAUUAUAUCACUAUGAAGAUGAUAAUUUAAUUUGUAGUUUUUAUUUUAUUUAUGACUUUUUGUUCCACCACUUGAGGACAAUCAAAAAUUGUUACCAAUUAGAAUAGCACUUGUAGAUGUGUUUUUUUUCUAUAUACGUUUUCUGCAAAUAAUCAGAAUCACGUUUUAAUUCUAGACUGAGUACAGCAUCAAUAUGUAAAACUCUAUGUGAUGAUCAGCUUGUAUAAUAAAUAGAAUCACUCAUAAAAGAUGUAAACCCUGAAAACUUCUUUAAGUUCUUUAUAUUUAGUUGGCCAGAAACGAGAAAUCUGUGUUUUGGAUAUAACAACUAGAAAGUACUAGUAGUCAUUCUGGUAAGUUCUAUUAAUCUAUUCGCUUAUGAACACUAUGCCGUUUCUCGAACUUUCAAUUGACCAGGCACAGACCCUCUAUUUGCUAAGUUGAAGUAGAAUGACGAUUAUGUGUUGCACAAAAAAUAUUUCAUUACCAAACAAUUCUUCUUCUUCGUGUACCUCCUAGUAGAGGUUGGCUAUUAAUAUAGCUAUACGUACUUUAUUUGCAGCUGCACAGCUCAUUGGACGUCAUUAAAAACUAUUCUUUUAAGGUUUCUCAGCCAUUAAGUAUUUCUUUUACCCUGACAAUGUCUUCCCUAAAUCUCGUUGACCAACGACACUCUGCCGACCAACGAAAUCCGGAAUACGCGAGGAUGACAACAUUUUUCAAACGCUACCGGUUUGUUUAUUUCAGCUAUUUUAAGUGUUCAUACUUCAGCACCAUAUGAUUGAGUCGAGAAUACAUAGCAUUAAAGUAUUCUUGUCUUUAAUUUGAACUUUAUGUCUUUGCUGCAAAAAAACUCCUUUGGCUUGAUAAAAGAUUGUCUAGCUAUCUGAAUUCUGGACUUUAUUUCUUGUAACUGUUCAGCAGAAUGUUUAUUAUUGUGUUUAAAUAUUUGUAAUGUUGGACUCUUUCAAUUUGAAUGCCAUGAACGUUAAUACUUUGUAUUGCCUAUACACAUGAGUAUUUAGUAGCUUUUUCUGGAUGAAACAUGAACAAGUGUUGGGUAUGUACCGAUGCCACGUGGGACUCCAGAGCUUUUUUGCUACUAUGAAUGUAAUUGCAAUAAGUACACUUUUGCGUACUCUCAGUAUCCAUUCUUCGAGAAACCGCAUCUGGAUCAUCAGGUUCAGCAUCACUUUUCAGUAUAAACAAUGGUAUAACUAAUCAGACAUCGCAGUUCUUUACUGAAAUACACAAUCUUAUGUCUAUUGCUUUUGUGCAUGUCCACAAUCCAAGACAUUUUGAAAUAUUUCUGACAAAUUUUACAGAACUGGCGAUAGUGAAUGAGUUUUUUUACCCCAUGUGGGCUGCUGACGUGGCGGUGAUAUUCUGGAGAUUUCUGAAACAGUGUCUAAUUUAUGUAGUGCAAAUGCUCGUUAUGAUCUCAACUUUAAGACUUUUGACUUCCCAAUUUCAGGGCUUGAAUAAAAUGAAUCACGUGAUCUCGAUACUCAUUAUGAACACACUGAACUCAUGUACACUGAACGAUGCUUCUGCAAAGCAUCUUUGGUAUAAUAAAACCUUUUGUACAAAUACCUUUUUUUGCUCUGGAUAAAUAGGAGGUGAAGCACAAUAAUUACGAUCUGUUAGGAGGCAACUAAAAUAAUCUUUUUUUCAAUACAGCUAACUUCAACUUACUCACGAGCAAAUAUGGUUAAGUUUACGUUUAUACAGGGUGUUACAGAAUAAGAUGGUGAUCCUUAAGGGUGUUAAUCUUUAGGUGAUUUUAAAAAGACCAGUUCAAAUCAACCUAUGUCCUAAACUCCUUAACUUUUGAACUACAGGGUGUUAAAAUCCUUUAAAAAAAUCGCUUCUUUAUCAUAAUUUUAGUGAAGUCCAAGAAAUGUUUAUAAAAUUUAGCAGACACCCGCUAAGUAUCAACAGCCAUUUUUUGAUGUAAGAGAUUUUUUUUAAAUUUAUCUAGUGGUGUCCGUACAGGAACGUAGACUCAAUAUUUAAGAAAAAUAUGAUGAAUGUCACUGGUUUUUCGGAAAAUUAAAACUAUUUAUAUCCCCAUUCAUUUUAGGACAAAUUUAAUUUCUUGACUUUUUCGUUUGACUAGUGAUUUUUGCAAAAAAAAAAAACACUAUAUAAUAUUGUUUAACAAGUUUUUUUCAAUUUUUUAUUCAUUUUUCUGAUGCAUUGCCCAUACAGGCAUGCUGACGCCAAUGUAUUUGAAGCCAGACAAUUAUACCAAGAGCGUUUUCCAAAUAGAAUAAUUACGGACGACCGAACCACCGUCUAUAGAUUACAAUUGUAAUUGAGUUGUAAUCUAUAGACGGUGACCGAACGUUUUCAGGAACUUACAGAAAGUUAUGUGAAAUUGGAUCUUUUAAACCAAGAAACUACCUUAAAAGAGCACCCAUACGGUAUGAACACCGGAAUUCGAGGAAGCUGUUUUAAAAUCAGUUGAAGAGUACCAGAAAAAUUACGAAUAAAUUUCUGCCAUUAAUUUCUUCUAAUGGUUGCCGAAAAUUCCCAAUUUUUCAAAAUUUUAUUGUUAAAACUAAUUUUUCUAGGAACUCCAUGAGAAAUUUUCACAGUAUCAUUUCUGGGCUGAAGGAAACCCGCAUGACAUUACGGAAUCCCAUCACCAAGAGCAAUUUUUUCUAAAUGUAUGGACUGUAAUUAUUGCUGAUUAUUUAAUUGGGUCCUGUUUUCUACUAAGUAGAUUGAACGGAAAUAAUUAUUGCCAGUUUCUAAUGACUUGUGAAAUUUGCUAGACGACGUCCCUAUUUUCACGCGACCUCGUAUGUGGUUUAUACAUGAUAGUACACCUGCCCACUUCUCCACAGUCUCCAAAUACGGGAAUUUUUAACUCAACAUUAUAAUAUUUGUUGGAUCGCCAGGUCUAAACAAUCCCGAUUUUUUCCUGUGGGGACAUCUUAAGGCGCUAGUUUACAGCACCCCCGUACAUAGGGAAGAGGAUUUGAGAAACCGCAUAAUAGCUUGUUGUGACAAAUUGGCUUGUUGUUGUGAUUAGGAAUACUCCGGGCAUUUUUCAAAGUGUAUUUAUGAGGAGAAUCUAAUUUUCAUUUUUGCUCACAUAUUAUUCUUUUAAUUUAAUGAUAAACUAAAGCAUGUGCAUAUAUUUAUAAAAUAAUUAAAUUUAGUUUUUUGUUACUAAUAAAUUGACCAAGCAUAAAAAUGUUUUCAUUAUGCUUUUUCCGCGGUAAUUGCAUGUCGGACGAAAAAACGUCAAUAAAUCACAUUUGCUCUAAAAUGAAUGGGGCUUAUGAAAAUUAUUUUUAUUUUAAGCAAAAAACAGUGACGUACAAAAUAUUUAGUCUACGUUUCUGUACGGACGUCACUGGUGAAACUUUAAAAAAUGGCUGCUGAUACUCAGAAUGUGUGUACUAAACAUAUCUAGGAAGUUAUUAAAGUUAGGAUAAAGAAACGAUUUUUUUGUUAAAAUUUUAACUCCCUAAACCUUUCUUCUUAAAAUCACCUAAGGAUUAACACUCUUAAGGAUCAAAAUCUUAUUUUGUAUAUUACUAUUAUGAUAACCAUAUACCUUAUUUUCUUUAAAUUCAUAUUGAGUCCCAUAUCGUUUACAAGUCAUUUAUUCUUUGCAGCAGAUUCUGCAUAAUAUCCUCUCAGCUGUUAUUACUACUCUAUGUUCAGCAUAUCUAAAAUUAUUAAAUUGUUGACCGUUUAUUUUUAAUGCUGUAUAUAGAAUGGGCAUCAACGGCUUCAAUCUGCAUUUAUAACACUACCCAAAAAACCAAACGCCAAAUGUUAUUUUGAGUACCAAAAGCACUUAAACUUCUAUUGCAUAUAUUGAUUAAAUUUUCUUAUGAAGAGAUGCUUGAACGUGAGUCAAGAUGUAUACAUUUGUUUUGUAGACUUUGAGAAAGCGUUUAAUAGAGUUAAACAUAAAAAAUUAAUAAAAAUAUUAUAAAGGAAACAUAUUCAUUCACUAAUAGUUAACCUGUACUAGGGCCGAAAAGCUAAACUUGGAUUAGAUGUAGAAAUACAGCGGCGUGGUGUUCGGCAAGGGUGUAUUGUAUCUCUUUUCCUGUUCAACGUUUAUAGUGAAACAAUCUUUGAGGAGUCUCUUGCAGAAAGAGACGAAGGACUUAAAAUAAACUAACAAACAGAAAGAGAAUUUUUUAAAUAUUAAUGAACCGCUUAACCAAUCUUGCAAAAGCGUUUUAUUUUUUAAAAUUAAAUUAAAGAUUAUGAUGAGCCAUAAAACUACAAAUCACAUUAGUGUUUAGCAAUCUUGAGCUUUAUUACAAUAACAAAUAGGAAGAGAGAUAGGGUAAAUCUGGAUGCUAACUUGAGUCAUGUUCUACUACAACUAUAGUCUAUUUCAAAUAGGUUGAGAGUAAUAAAUCAUUAAAUAUGCAAAAGAGGUACAAUAUGACCCUCCAAUAAUGCCACUUCCAUAGUUUGCAUUGCGAAAUUAUAAUUAUUUUUACGGAGUGCACGGUUUUACGGUUUUGUCAUGAUUAUCAUUUUUAGUCAUUUUUAAGAUAUUUUUAAAUAAACCCUAUAUUAUUAUCACCCCAUUUGACCCUACGUAAGUUUUUUGAAUUUUAAAUCAACUAGAUACGUAUAAUUUAAAAGCACCAGAAUAUGUUGCACACAUGCGUUGAUCAUAUAAAAUUAUGAAUCUGUUGUAUAUGUGCAGUAAAAAAUAAUAUUGACCUUUACUGUAACAUUAAAACAAAUAUAAAUAUCAUAUUCCAUCAUAGUGAGCACAAUUUCUUCUCCAAAGUCAACAUACUAAUUCUGCAACUCUGUAGUACCUAUUUCUGCAAUCUUAUCAUCAUGCCUGUCGAUCUCUACCUAUAGUUUUAAUACAGAACCCACCCAAAUUAUUAUUUCUGAUAUGCACGUCAAACCUUAAAUGAAUUAAAUGGAACUUUGUCUCUCUUUAUUCAGCAAUUGUUUGAAUUUUUUACUAAAUUCAUUAACCAAACAUUAAGAUGUGGAUACUUUAAUUAAUUGGGUAUAUGCACAACACAAGUUCAGAUAAAAUUAAUCGACUCUUGUAGUUGGCUAAAUAUAAAUUUCGAGUGAUCCUAAAAGUAAAUUUCUAACGUAUGAUGUGUGGAGACUUUUUGACUUUGAAUAUUCAUGAGAUAGUUGAAUUAUUUUUAGAAAAUUUCAGACCUAUUACUAAAACUAAAGACAAGCAAAUAUUGAAAGAGUCCUCAAGGGGUUUUAACAGACAUUAUCCAUUUGCAACGGUUUCUCGGCAUAUAUCUUAAUGCCGUUUUUAAAACAGAUAUUAACCGGUUUUGCUAAUCUCUUUGUUUUCUUCACAGAGUCUACAUGACAGUUUUUCUUGUGUAGGUGUUUCCUUAGUAAGCAGCACGCAGUUACUAAUUCUAUUACUAUUCUAAUGUAUUUUUAUAUUUCGGUAGAUCAAUUACCUCGGAAACGUCUAAAUAUUUAUUUGGCGAGUGCUUUCUGCAAGCUUAGGAUCUGUUACACCAGUGUGCUUAAACAUUCAUAAGAUACUGUAGCGUUUUUCCUAUUCGUUAAGUGUAAACUAAAACAAUCGAAAAUAGUCUACUAAUUUAUAUACACACUUCUCACAACUACUAGAGAUAUUUAUUUGUGCUGUAUUUAUUUAUAACUAAUUAAAUUUCGCGGCAAUAUUCCUAAGUUUACUUCACUGAACUGACAACUGACCACUCAUCGGUGAUGCUGCUCCUUAUAUACUCGGCAGAACGCUGUUCCGGAAGAUUCUCUCUAACAUUCGAGACUUCGUGCGGGGUACCACUUGUAUAUUUCCUUGUUUAAUAACGUGGCCCAAGUAUGCGUAUUCGUCAACGUUUUCAAUAUUUUUCUAAGAUAGUUGAAUGUGAUUGGAAAAUCAUAAUUAUAUAUUGGAGUAACAUAAUAUUGGCUUUAUUGAUUUUCGUUUUUAGUCCCUACUUUUCUUGAUGUUGUAUCGUCCGCGAAGUAUAAUCCGUCGAUUUUGAUACCUUUUAUUUUGAGUCGAUUCUGGCAUUACUUAUGGCAUUGAGGAACGACUAUGUUUCGAUUUAGUUGAAUACUUUAAGGAAGUCUAUAAAUGUCCAGAUGGCGUAUUUGCAUUCCCGUGUUGAAAUGGAGGCACAGCGCAGAACCAGUUCCUCGAAACCAACACGAGUUUAUCGCGCUACAAACCACACGCGAUCAGGAGGCAUCAUGUCACAGCUGCAUUCCCAGUGCGUAAAGUUAGCAUUUUUUUACGAAUGUAAAUUUGUAGCAUGAGCCGUAGAAGAAUGCGACAAUCAUAUAAGUAAAAAUGAGUGCUUUACAGAUGAGUAGAAUACAUAUUUUUUACUCUACCAAAAAUUUAAAAAAAUAAAGAAAUUAGCAAAUUACUUUACGCCCGUGCUUAAAAAAAUUGGUCAAAACGUAUUUUUUGGUUUAUUGUUUGGCAAUUAAUUGUCACUGUCAAAAUUGUCAGAUAUACUUAUUACGCACUAGUGCGUGAAUUUUUUUUUUACGUACUACAAUUUAAAAAGACUGGCUUUACAAAUCCACAAGCGUACGUAAAGUAAGCACAUUUGUUUUAUUAAAAAAAAUAUAUGUUUUAGAAAACAGAAACAGCACAUAAAUAAAUGGAAAAAAUGGAAAAUGAAAACAGCAAAAUUAAUGUUUUUUUGCAGGAGGUUCAUUUUCGUCGAUAUUUGACGUAAUGUCGUGAGCACGCCUCCUCUUCUUACUCUCUGACUUGGAUGGACGCCCCGACUGAAUUCUUCCACUGCACGGCAAGCUUUUCUCUUUUCGUCGAGCGAUUGACGUCGGCUGGACCUUAAUUUUUUUUUCUUGCUUGUAGUUUUCUGGGCAAUAAAAGAUAUAAUGCUGGAUGGAGUCUGUAAUUUUGUAAGGUCAGAUCCAAACUUUACCAAAAUCUUUGUUUGGUCAUUGUUAGGAUUUCUCUCUAACAUGUCAGUAAUUCUUUGCCACUGAUCUUUGAUAUUCUGAAUAGCUACUAACUAUUAAAUUCCUCAUUAUUUCUUUCAGGAAGGAUCUCUAUUGGGUUCAUUGGAAGAUCGAAUGUAGCUACAUCUUCAUUCUUGGUUAUUCUACUACUUUCACCAAUUUUAUCAGUUAUACUUUCAAAAAAUGUCACUGAAAACUCGCCACCUACAGCAAAUUUUGCAAAGCGUUGACGGUCAGAGCGAGUUAAAUUAGGUGACGUGCUUAGUUCAGUGCCAAAUUUUCUUUCUACGGCACAAAGGUGCUUACAAAAUCUCCCACCAACUCCAUAUGAACAAGUACAUAGCGCCAUCGAAGAGUCAACAAUGUACGCUCCUAUUUUACAUCUGACAAAGAAAGUAUUGUCUUUUAAAAGUACAAUAUCUGUGAUUGCUCUACUUGCUUGGCAGAAUUUUUCAUAUGCCAACGUUAGAUGUCUUCCUCUUCCGCUUGCGUAAUACUGUUUAAAUGUUUUGUUGAUAAAGUCUACCAACGCACACAUAUUGAAAACUUUGCACCUUUGCAAUAUCACGUCUUUAAAAAUUCUUAUUGAUGAUUCACAGAAGUUGUUAGUAUUAUUGCCUCUUAUCAAAAUAUCGCCACGAUAUGCUAAACACCAUUCUUCACGUCGUUCCCAUAAAUUUGUCAAGUGUUUUGCCAACUUGGCAUUUUUUUUACAUUCUUCUGCGUUUAAUAGAUUUGACAUAUUAACUUCAACAUCUUGCAAUGUACUGCUAUACAUUACAGCAGGGAAUUUCUUCAUCACCGGUUGCCGAUCUGCGUGAGCCACAUCAUGUCCUCUUUGCCACAACCAACGCUAAAGAGUCUGAUUCACAUGGAAAAUGCAUAGUAGCAAUCUGCUACUCGGUAGGACCUUUUACAAGGCAUUUCGCUCGGCACUGCUGUCAUCAGACAUGAUGAUUUUUUGUUAAAAAUGCUUCUUACAAGUUUCCAGUAAACCAUCUUUAGCGGAUUGAAAACAGUGGGUGUAGUUUUCUUGAGACUGGCUGGUUUGUAAAAUGACAGUGAUGGGAAGAGCCCCAAUUUUCGAUGCAGCAAAUAUAAAUGUUACACAAACGUUGGUUUGGUCGCAGGAUCCACUCGAAUCAAUUUCAUCAGCUAGUCCACCCAGAAACACUCGUUGCAUAAUGGGUGUUAUAAUAACGCAUACAGUCGGUUGUUCCUUGAUGAACAUCUGUCCGUUCAUGCCUGACACAGACAUCUCAGUCUUUUUUCGCUGCAGAACUUUGACGACGUCACCAAUAUAUCGAGUCCCAUUCUUCAUAAAGUUACCUGACGGUUGAGCGAAUUUUUUUGAGCAUUAGCUAAGGUAACGUAUGCGUUUUUCUCACAUUCUUCGAUGAUGGCCAUUUCGUGAUAAGAUUUUGCCGCUGCAGCAGUCAUACCACUUUCAAAAUAGGAUUCAAAUAGUUUUUUUGUGUCUGCGGAACAACGCAGAAGACUCAGUACCUGAGCUACAUUGAUUCGAUGAGAAUGAUUAUAGUUAAUAUCAAUUAAGACAUGCAAUCCUUUCUUCAUCAAUCUUGAAUUUUUCAACGUACUCUUGGUAACUUUCAAAAACUUAAUGUUUAUACUGGCCUUACACUCAUAAUCCCUAGUAAUGCCUUUCUUCUUAUCCUUGGUUUUGUUUCUUCUCGAUAGAUGGCACAAGAAUGUUUUUCUGAAGUCGUAUCUCACUUGCUGCGAGUAUUGUCUUAACAUUAUCCAAUUUGUUUUGGUAAUUUCCGAACGAAAUAACCACAUUUAACGUCGUAAUUUCCUUCAAACGGUAUAGAGCAUUGAAUUUUGCAUUGAUAAUUUUCAUUGUCUUCUUCGUGUCUCACUAUUUCGAAAUUAUUCACAAUACCACUUAUAAUGUUUUUUAAAAUUUCCAUAGUUCUAUUUAUUUACUAAUAACUCAUCAAAAUGAUUUAAUUCCAACUGCACUUUUUUGUCUAUGGUCAUAGGAAAAUACUCAGUAAAAUGAUAUUCGCAUUCAUUGUGUUUUAUUUUUGAGGGCCAAGAUUGGGUUCACCAAAAUCUACGGAAAAGGCAACACCGCAUUGAAGAAUGUCAAUAAAUGUUAAAUUGGACUUCAAAUUUGCUCAAAAUUGCGCUGUUAUUUGAUUUGUCAUAUCAUGUCAAAUACAUCAAAAAUAUUUUUGUAUUUUCAUUUUGUAAACAAUUCCUGCCAAUUAUUAUUGCUAAUACUUUCAAUGUUUGGGUGAAUUAAUUUUUUCCGCUAAUACCACUAUGCAUCUUUUAUUAUAAGAGAUAUUGGAAACUCUAAACCCUAACGAUUUAAUACGAAAAUUUUUAACUUGUCAAUAAAUGUGAUAUAAAAUGUUACUUUGAUUUGACAGAAUAGUUAUUUAUGCAACAAGUGUGUUAAGUUAGCAUUUUUUUACGAAUGUGAAUUUUAGGCGAAUGCGACAAUCACAUGAUUAAAAAAAGAGUACUUUACACAUAAGUAGCAUACACAAUUCUUUCUACUACUAAAAAUGUUAAAGAAAAUAAAAUAAUUAGCAAAAUACUUUAUGCCCUAGUGCCUUUUUUUACGCACUGCAAUUCAAAAUGACAGAUUUUACAAAUCCAGCACUUUACGCACGCUAUAGUUAAAAAAUUUUAACAUCAGAUUAAUAGGUUAUUAUUACCUUUACCGUGACUCUAAACUUAGCCUCUCAUUUUGACAUUUAAAAAAAACACAUUGAAUACGCAUUUUACUUUGGUCACAAAAAAAAUAACACUGUAUAAUGACGCGGUGAUACGUUAGUUGAACCAAAAACAAAACAAGCGUAAUAUUUAUUAAUCACUCGUCGUCAGUCAGUAACACUCGGUUUUCUUCUCGGCGACGAACUGUCGUACUCACGUACUGUCCUAGUUCAACAGGUGCAUUUUCUGAAAAAAAAAAACGCUUAAGCGCAAAAAACAUUCCUGGAAACCAACACGGAUUUGGGAAACAAGCGUGCGCGACAAAUCCGUGUGGGUUUCGAGGCACUGGUUCCACACUAUGCCUCCAAUUCAACACGGGAAUGGAAAUACGCGUCCAGAUGUAUGGGUACCUUAUAUUAGGUUGUUUUUUCUAUAAUGAUUCGUAAUGUUUGCAAAUAGUAUUGAAUGCACUAUCGCCCUCUUGUUCUUAAAAAGGAUCACAACUUCAACAUUAUAUCAGUUGGUAUUUUCGCUUCCUCUAAACUUCUAUUUAUAGUUUUUGAAAUACUUCUUCUAAAUACUUUCCUUCGAACCUUACAGUUUCCAGGCCUUCUCCAGAACAUUGACAGUUCUUCAUUAUUUUUAAGAUAUAUCUUCCUUGGUCACAUCUUAUUUCUGGUAUAUAUUCUGACCCUACGCUUAGAAUUGUCAUGUUAUCCAUUUGGUCUCUGUUAGUCUUGGGUGUUUUUGAUUUAUACAGGUCGGUACAUAAUUCUUCAAUUAUGUAGCCUCUUCAAUUUUUUCUCAAGUAUAUUGCAUAAUUUUCAGUUUAGAUUACUAUUAUGUUUUCCCUUAACGAUGCAAAAUAUUUGAACCCCGGGUUAAGGCUAUACAUUAAUUAGCUUUGAUUCUGAAUUAGUAUAUGUUCCGAUUUAUUUUUCCAAUUGAAAUCUCUUAUGGGAAAAACUACCGUAUAGAUUUGCUGAUCUAAAAGCAUGGGAUCACUGAUAAGCCUAAUCAAGAAAGAUGACUGCCGGACUAAAGGAGGAAAUUGUUAGGCCAAGUAAAAAAAGUUUUCAGUAAAAUACAUCAAUAUUCUCUUUAUGUGCCUUUCUUAUUUUCCUUCAUAAAUUUUUAACAAUAGUCAUGCAACGAAAAAUUACAUAAAUUUAUAUUGCUAUAUGGAUUAUGUGCAGAUCACAGAUAAAUAUUUGUAGGAAACGUAUAUAAUGCAAUACCCUAAAUUAAACCUAGAGGGAUAAAAUCUGAAAAUACUCCGUAGAAAAAGACAAUGUUAUAUUGACAUAGGAAAGUGUUAUCUUUUGUCAGCAAAGGUGAGACUUUAUUUUGUAUUCUGAUUUGUCCAACUUAAUGUUGGUAAUUGUUAAUAGUGGCAUAGAAACGUAAUAGGCCUGCGAAAGUAUAAAAAUGAGUUUUUCUCUGACCAAAAAUACAUACUAUGAUGGGAAAACGUAUUUUUUUGUUUGUAAAAAUAAUUAUAUUGUAGUGCUGUACAUAUUUUUUUUACUAAAGUAGAUAAUUUAAUUCGUUAACGUAUACUAGAUUUUUACUUUUUUAGGUAAUUCGGUUAUGGUUAUAGAGUGGCAAAUUAGAAAUCGUGUACAUUUCCAAAAUGCCAACUUGUUUUUCACAUUUAGAAGAGCCUUAAUAUUCCGACACAAUUUCGAAUUCAGCAAAUUUUUUUACAAAUUAAUUACGUAGUUGAAACAAAAUCUAGAGUCUCUGACAUUUUUGAUCGCUAAAGUCCCUUAUAUUAGAAUAUUUGUAAAUAGGAAAAAACUGUUUAUAUUGUAUAAUACGAGUUUUCGGUUGGAUAUUUCUGUCUACGUUUAUGUGUCUUUACCUUGAUAUUUCUUUCUUUUUAGAAGGUUAGUUUUUUAAGCGCCUUAACCCAACCUUUAUUGUAUAUUAUUAUUAAUAAACAAAUUGACCUUAUUAUAAAAUAAUGGGACACUAUAAGUGUCUGUUUUUUCUAAAUAAAAAAAUUAUACUAAA